AUGACUAGCACAAAUACAACUAAUUCUACUACUACUACUACUACUACUACUACUACUACUACUACUACUACUACAACUACUACUACUACUGCUACUACUACUACUACUAAUACUACUACUACUACUUCUACUUCUACUACUUUUGCUAUUACUACUACUACAACUUAUACUAGAAUAUUUGUGCUUCACAGCGUAAAAGCGAAAAAUAUGUUGUAG